UCCAUGUUUACAGUCAUCAGAGAUCUCACACAGGGGAGAAGCCACUUUCCUGUUCUGAGUGCGGGAAAUGUUUUUCUGAGAAAUCCAAUCUUUACACACAUCAGAGAUCUCACACGGGGGAAGAAGCCGUAUGCCUGUCCUGAGUGUGGGAAAUGUUUUUCAGUGAAGUCCCAUCUUUGCAAACAUAAGAGAUGUCACACAGGAGGGAAGCCACUUCCUGUCCUGAGUGAGGGAAAUGUUCCUCACUGAAGUCCCGUCUUCUUCCUGUACAACAGGGGGUCCCACACAACCCUGGAGGUGUAUUAGUGCCUUGAGUGCGAGGAAAUGUUCUUCUAGAAUGAAUGUUGCUGGACAUCCCAGCUCUACAU